GUACUCAGUGAGAGUGUUUUCUUGCGCAUGCAUUAUGUGGUCCUCUUCAGUGAAAAAAUCCUUUUAUCUUUAGUGAAAAAUUUGCAGUGAAAAUCCUUUUAUCUUUAACCUCUUCAGUGGAUCAUUCGUUCCAUUAACUGUCUAAAGACUCUCUUAAACUCAAGCGGCUGACAGCUGACCUAGGCAUCACGGAUCCGUCUUUUUUUACCUUUAUAGCUGAUUAUCUACAUCAAACAUUACACCUUGUGUAUUCAAGAAGAUAUUCAAAGUUAUAAGGGAGUUCUAAGGAACUUCAUAUGGCAAAUUAAACAUAUAAUUGUCGUCUAGUUUAGUUAAAAACUAAAAUACACUUAAACUUAGACUAGUAGACAAAAGUGAGAACGUUUUGUCAAGUCAAGUCAAAAGCAACUUUUCCAUCAAUAUUUAAAUGUGAGCAAAUAAAAAUCUGUUACCGUUUUCCAAUUAAAUCCAUAUCCUGCUAAAGCAAAUGAAAUCUAAUAUCACAAAUAAGUUCAAAUAGGUUUUACACAUACUGUUUUCAUGUUCAAAAAUGUAAUACAAAUUUGGCUUUUUCUCUUUAUCUAGUAAUAGCAAUCAAUUGUGUUUCUGUGAUGCUUGCAUGAUCAAAAUAUGACAGUUAUGGUUAAUAUUGUAUUGUAAUAAGAAUGUAAUAAUCAUUCUAUUCAAAACGGUUCAAAUCUCUUUCAAAUUCAAAGCAGUAACAAAGUUUACUUAAACCUUGGUCUGUCAAACAAAAUGUCAGUCGUAUAAUAAUAACCUGAGUGAAAUAUAUAUAUUGCUUCUCAUUCCUUCCCAGCAGUCUUGCGCCCUAAAGAACACGCCGUGCACUUACAGCUCAAUCAACAACAGACCUCUAAAACGCACGCGUGCACGCGCGCACGAGCUGACGGUACCGGAGUGAUUUCUAUCACGCCUACCUUCCCCUGGCGUGUGCCUGCGGAAGAGCCGUUACCUGGUUACAGGGGAGUGAUGGAGCAUUGAGCAAUGCAAUCUUCAGGACUCCUCAGAUAUGAGAGUUUCUCUCGCGUUCGCCGAGUCAAAGCACCGCGCGCUGUUUCUGCGGCGCCUCCAGAGAGCGCGUGCGACGGCUCGUUCAGGGAAAAAAACGCUCGAACCUCCGAAUUAAGUUAGAAGUAUCGCCACGUAUCUCCGGGUUUGUCAUAUUCCCAGCUGCGACGAGCAAGUUGGGCGGCAGAAUAUUGGUUUAAGGACAAUGGCCCCCAGCUGAAGGCAGUGACGGCAAGAGACUGAGAUGGAGCUGACCUCAGUAGACGCCUCUGCUGUGCUGGGCUUAUGGGGCAACGGCUCCAUUCCUGGUUUCCUUCUUAACGAGAGCAUUCUCAAUGACACUUGCUUUCUCAAUGCUUCGAACUGCACUAAUGGGACAGAUGCGGGGAACCGAGCAGGAACAAGCAUGGCAGGAAUCCUCAUCCCGCUCAUUUACAUCAUCGUCUGCAUCGUCGGCCUGGGGGGAAACUCACUGGUCAUCCACAUAGUCCUGCAUUACUCCAAGACAGAGUCAGUGACCAACAUCUACAUCCUGAAUCUAGCUAUAGCCGAUGAGCUCUUCAUGCUGGGCCUUCCGUUCCUCGCCGUGCAGAACGCCAUGCACUCCUGGCCCUUCGGCUCAUUCACGUGCAGGUUGGUCAUGACCGUUGACGGCAUUAACCAGUUCACCAGCAUCUUCUGCCUCACUGUGAUGAGCAUCGAUCGCUACCUGGCCGUGGUUCAUCCUAUACGGUCCUCAAAAUGGAGACGACCGCAAGUGGCCAAGGCAGUGAACGGAACAAUCUGGGCGGUCUCGUUUUUAGUAGUCUUGCCGGUGGUGAUUUUCGCAAACGUGCAACGGGAAGGAGGCAUCUGCAACAUCAUAUGGCCGGAGCCAGCUAACAUCUGGGGUGCAGCAUUUAUCAUCUACACUUCCACAGUUGGCUUUUUCUUUCCCUUGCUAGUCAUCUGCAUGUGCUAUCUCCUCAUCGUGAUCAAAAUCCGCAGCUCGGGAAAAAAGGUUCAUGCCACUUCGACCAAACGGCGCAAGUCAGAGCGCAAAGUCACACGAAUGGUGGUGAUAGUUGUGGCUGUGUUCGUUUUCUGCUGGAUGCCGUUUUAUGCCCUCAACAUCAUUAACCUGGUGGAGUCGCUACGGGAUGAGCCCCAAGGUCUGCAUCUUUUUGUGGUGGUGUUGUCUUACGCUAACAGCUGCGCUAACCCUAUCGUUUACGGCUUCCUUUCGGACAACUUCAAAAGAGGAUUUGGAAAGGCUCUGUGCCGCUCAUCUCGAAGAGUCGAGAACCACGAGCCAACCGAGCAGCAGCAUCAGGAGGAACGAAGAAGAGUUCUGAUGCCCAGGGAAAGCCUUAGAAGAGCAGUGAGAGAUGAAGAGGAUGAGGAAGAAGAAGAGUACAGGGAGGAAGUGACGGAGAUGACGGAAAUCUGCAGGAUUACUCAGAACGGAAAUGGAAGUGGACAACCUGAAAGCACCAGAGCGCUUUUCUUAGAGAGACCCUCGGGUACUGGGGUUUCUGAGACAUGUUCCCCAGACAGGAGAGGCAUGAGUGGGGAUGUUAAAGGCACAGGCUUUGGAACUGCUGCAACCCUGCUGAACGGGGCUAAAAAUGGGAAUGUGAAAACACUGCCAGAAGAACCAGUGGAAAAAAACAACUCACUGGAGAUCAGCUACUUGUAAAGUUUUGUGUCAGCUGGAAAAACAGUAUUAUUGUACAUGCCUCUCUGAGCUCUAUUCACUCUGUAGUUACAGUACUGCCUUUCCUGAAGUCUAUCAGCUCACCUUCAUGUCUGUGAAAUUUCCUCCUGGUUAUUAGACUUUGUCGUUUGAAAGUGUACAAUCUGGCAACACAAUUUGAAAAGUCACAAUGAAUUUUGCCUUAUUUAUAGGAUACUUGGCAAGUCAAAGCAAGGGUCAUCAGCAGCAUUCAAUGGUAUCAAUACCUAUGGGACCAGCACCACAAUAUGUGAAGCAUCUAUGUGCCUUUUUCUAAAUUUGUUUAGUAGAUUUGAUCAAUGCAUUGAUUUUAUGGCUACGACUGGGCACUAGAUCACCAAGUACAUUUACAUGCUCUUUUGCUUGCGCAUGUGAACAUACUUAGUGAGACUUGUAGCAUACUACUAGGUGGUAAAAUUUGGAGAAGAUUUUUUUGUACAUGUUAACAGGUCAAUAAUUAUACAUCGGCUUGUAGUUUUCUCUAAAUGUAUUUGUAUGUGCUUUUUGCCUUAAUUGUAAAAGUAUUGUACACUAAUUGAAUUAUGUUGCAAACAGGUCUUCAAAGUCAUACAUGGAUAUUGUUAUAUUAUAUAGUUAUGUGCUGCCUA